CGUGUAUCUUCCCAGAUGAAGCUCCAGAUGGCCCAGGAACUUGUGAGGAAACAGAUGGAGGAAGCCUUAACUCAGGAGGCCAGUGUGGGGAAGAAGACUGUCAUUUGGAAGGAGAAAGUGGAAACACAGAGGCAGCGCUUCCGGUCGGAGUUUGAAAAAUACCGUGGCUUCCUGGCCCUGGAGGAGCAACUGCAGCUCAGGAGACUGGAGGAGGAAGAGAGAGCCACCCUACAGAGGCUGCGAGAGAGCAAGAACCGGCUGGCCCAGCAGAGCAGGGCUCUGAAGGAGCUGGCAGGGGAGCUGCAGGAAAGAAGCCAGCGCCCAGCGCUUGGUCUGGGGGAGGUGAGGCUGGGUACCUGGGAGGGGAGGGAGGGGCAGACCUGAGACCAAGGGGACAGACAGAUGAGCUUUCAGGGACAAAUCACUUCGGCUUUUAUGCUCUUCAGGAAAAUAGCACUCUA